AUGCCGGCUGUGAGGUUCCAGAUCCCCAAGACGGAGGAGGAAUGGCAGAAGGCUGUCAGAGAUGCAGAUGCCCGGGACAGAGAUGGGUCUUCAGGAUUUGAACCUCAUGCUGCACCGGCGUUCCAGAAGUAUCUCCAAAGUAUCCAAGAUGGGGCACCGGCUACGCUGAGGAACCCCGAUGAUUCUAUUCCUUUGGGAAUCUUCGAGAUCACGCGAUUUGAUUCGGACAGAAAGAAUGCGUGGUACGCUGUGCCCUUUUUCAACGAGAUAGCUGUGACCUUCGCAGCCAUUGACUAUCUUCAAGCCGUGUGUCUGAAGAAUCCUGGUGUGUAUUCGCAAUGGACCGCAACCUGUUAUGCCUUUCAAGCACUAGGGGAGGAGGGUUUCCAGGCCCGCACUGAUGGGGCUCUUCAUCUAUAUGAAGAACCAGAGAAGGUCUUUGCGCUCCUAGAGUGCAAGGCAAGGCAGAGGGAAGAUGCUCUCCUUCAGGUUGAGUAUCAAGAGGUAGCCAAAAUAGCGGUAUGGAUUUGCCAGAGAAAUCAUCCAGAGAUGGCAAUGCCGGGACGUACGGCCCCAUUCCGUCUGAAAGAGGCCUUUGACAUGGAGCAAGUGACUUUCAUUGUUCUGGCCUUCGUCUUUGGCGUGGGUAAAGGCAUGUGA